GCAGAGUUUCAUUCAGUGUAUCAGUGAUCAGUGUACAUGUCUGUUGUCUUGUGAUUCCUACCAAAGCUGUGCUUUCGCCUCUCAGUAGUUGUUGUUGGUUGACAUUUUUGUAUUUAUUUUUGUAGUGUUGUCAAAAUUGUAAACAUAACAUUAAACGCAUUUCAAAACAUUAAUCCUGAAGAUAAAGAGCAUGCUUCUAGCUGAUGCUAAUGAAAUUCAUCAUAACAAUUAAAUAAGCCACCUUAAACUAUGGAUUUCAUUCAGACUUUCAAUGAGAGCUACGAAAAACUCGCAAACAAAUCCAUAGUAAACAUACUAUGGAAAGAAAUAUUGCAAGAAGAACGGACCGAGGAUCACCUCGAUGAGUUAAUUGAAUACAGUUUUCACUAUCCCGUUGAUACUGAUGCGUAUCUCGAAAGAUUACUCGAAAAAUUUGACAUACUGCAUAAACAAGAGUUACGCUCUAUAGAUGGGCAUCUGAAGGCAUAUAUCAUCACUUUUCUGUAUUAUUGCACUAUGAAAGAUAACAGCAGAGUCUCUGUACAUACAACUUUACUAGCAUCAAGCUUGUACAUAAAACUUGUCUCCAUUCCUGGUGUUGGUAAAAUAUUUGAUGAACCUAAUAUGCUGAAAGGCCAACUAAUUCUUUUGGUUAAAAUAGCUAAAGAAAGAAAUAUAGACGUUGCUAGAAAAAGAUAUAUUGUAAAGCUAUUUAAGAAAUAUGCUCUAAAAAAGAAACCUGAUAUAGCUAUCCUACAAGGCAUAGCCAACACUUUUGUUCUAGCUGGACUAAUGGUUUCUACAGAAGUUGUAAAUAACUUUGAGAGUGUUAAAGGAUUCACGAAAUACUGCCUGCAUUGCUUAAGGCGAUUGAUUGAAGCAGAGGAAAAUGAUCAAAAUAUUAAAGGCUUGUUUGAAAGUGUGUUCAGGUGUUUCCGCAGAAGUGUCAUUGAACCCAUUCCUAAUAAGCCAGCUGCUAUCAGUGUUAUAAUAGCUUUUGUAAGGGAUGUUCUCCAAAAUGAAAUGGAUGUGCACAAAUUCCAGAGCGUAUUGGAUGGAUUUUGUUUAGUAUGGGGUAGAGAAGAUUUUGACCAUUAUGAGGAAGCAGUGGUAAUGAUGAACUUUCUCAAAGCCGAAUACUACAAAGAAUUGCUUAGAAGAAUGGUGCUGUAUACGCAAUCCAAAAACCAUAAAAACUACAGCAUAAAUGUUUUUAACUUAUUUUAUGGUAUGAUAAAGAAUUUUCCAAAUUUUCCACUGGACAAAGUGGAUGUAUUUUCAACCUGUGUAUUCCGUAAUAUUAUAUUUCACUUUGUUGAUUCUGACAAGCACAUGGCAGACAGAGCUAUAAAUGUUGUUACCAAUAUUUGUGAACUGAAAGAUAAUCCAUUGGUUAACCACUUGCUCAGUCCGGCUCAAGGAAUAUCAAGAUUUAUUUCAACAGAGGUACUUUUAUGUUCUUUCGUUGAAGUUGCUGACCAAAGAUGGGGAGCUUCUCCAAGAAAUCAGAAUCUUUUAAUGAUCCUGUCCAAAGUUUUACCUCUAAGCAAUGUACAUGAAGAACUCGUUCAACAGGUUCUAGGUGUUGUGUGUAAGGAUUGCACUCCUCAUUCUUUGAAACCUGCAUUACCGAGACUUCACGAACUAUUUUGUAUAAUGUCAUUGAAGCAACAGAUAGGUGUUGCUGAGGCAGUUUUAAGAAUUAUUUUUAAAAUGGCAAUGCACCCAGAUGCUACCUCAGCAGAAUACUGUGAGCAUCUUUUUCACUGUCUUUUGAAUCCUUCAGUUAUUGACGGCAUCACAUAUUCUUCAAGGUUCUAUUACAACCUACUCCUGAAUUCUGACUUCGAAUUUGAACCUUUGUUUAUAAAGUGCCAGAGAAAGAUAAGGCCUCAUCAUGUCAAAAAUACUAUCAACCAACUAGACUAUAAUGAACCUGCAAGUGCUCUUCUAUUAUGUUGUCUCCUUAACUACUGCAAAUAUGAGGACAUUACAGCAUUGCUUCGAUUCUACAUUGAUAAUUUUGCCCAGAUCUCGGUGCGGCAGAUAGCAGGUCAUCUAGCAGUAGCCUUCCAGCAAAUUUUAACAAAUCACACGCUUGCUGAGGAAGAUGUUCCACAACUUGACGUAUUACAGAGCUUAAUUAUGGAGGCUCUAUUCGAGCAUAACUUUCCUGUGAACAGCAUCAAACCAUCUUACCUCUUAUUCCAAAAUAUCAGAAAUCUUUUGAGGAUUGAUACUCAACAUUAUACUUUGGAUCAAUUGAUGUUCAUCACGUCAAAUCGAGCUUUUAAUAGGAUAAAUAAUCCACAGUUCGGUGACCCUGGUUCUAUAAUGUAUCUCGCUGAAUUGUGUUUGCUUCUAAACAAGCUGCCGACUGAGAAUGUUCUGACUAUACUAGAAUCUUUUAUGAAUGAUUCUUUUAAGGUGGAAGGGUGAAGAAAGUGUAACACAAACAUUCUGACUACACAUGAUGUGCAUGAGCAUGAAACAAGGUCAUAUAAUAAUUUGUAGCAGAUUCCUACUAGAACUAAUAUAGGAUUGAAUAACCCUGUCACUGGUAAACGCACAUGCAUUCAGAUAUACUGUAAAGUCACUCGAAUUGUUGAACUUACUCUAGCUAGUAUUCGCCCUUUAAAUAUUGUGUCUUUGUUUUAGAGAUUAGAGAACUUUGUUUUCGAUAAAAUUUGUAUAGAUUGACUAUGGAAUAGAGAUUUGUUUUAAGAAAAUAAAAGCUGAACUACUUAUUAUUGCAAACAAUACAAAAUUAAGACAAAGGAUCACUUAAAUAAACGUCAGGUUCAAGUUGAAGUAUCGUUUUGCAGCUGCUGAAACGCCUGACAUUUAUAUCCAGCUUAUCACACUUUUUACAACGAUUGCUAUGAUGAAAAAAACCAAGAUACCACAAGCUGUAAGAUAUUUGAAGCAAGCUAUUGCAGAGGAGAAUCAAAUUAUAAAAGUACUAGCGUACAAACUGUACUAUUCAUUAUGUCAAGAAAUGACCCACGAAUAUGAAGACGUGCUCAGGUUUGCUUUCAAGGAGGUCGUAUAUGGAGAUCCCUGUCUAGUGAAAAUUUGUAUAAUUACAUUAGAAGAAUUGAUACACCAUAACUACACCAAACUUGACAGUCACAACUUCUUCAGAUUUAUUUAUGCCUUAGGAUGCGAUGAUAUGUGUAUAUUUAUGAGAGAAAUUUUGAAGAAAAGGUUCAUAUUUUCGAAUAUGAAUGACAUAUCUAGAUUUUAUGUGCAAUCCGUUGUAUAUUGUCAUACGUUUACAAAGCUGCCAAAUUACUCAAUUGAUAGUGCAUUUGAGGAGGACUUGGUUAGAAUCAAAUUCAAGAUGGACGCUCCAAAGGAACUGAUUAUUUUCCUAUUUAAUGCAUUGCCGAUUAGCAAGAAAUUUCAUGUGUUGGUCGAGAUAUCCUUAAUAUUUAAUGAUAUAUUGCAAGGCAAUGCCACAAUAGAAGAUAAUUUCUUUGAAGUUGUGAAAGACUUGAUUUUGCCGUUCAAGCUGAUCGGUAGUGGUGCUGGCGUGGUGACAGAAAAAAAUUAUUAUGUAAACGUUUGCAAGUCUAUUGAAAAGCAGAUUGUCAAUCACGAUCCACAUUUUAACGGUGAAUGUCACAAUGUAGAGUAUGAUGCACAGAUCCGACGUUGCACCAUGGCUUUGUUAGAUUUCCUCUUUUUUGAAAAUGCUCAAUUUGCAGACAUAUUGCAAAUAACAUUAUUUGAUGCGGUUAUGCAUUGGAUUGACUUUGUUAAACCAGAGAUAAUUCGCUAUACUUAUGAGGAAAGAGGCAAAGACCUUAUUUCGUACUUCCCUAAAAUUCUGAAGCUAUACAGGACAAACAAAGCCAAAUUCACCGUUUUGGAUAGGUAGAUACCAUGGGUGUUCCAUCUAUUUGGUUGUUUGUUGAUAAUGAUUCAUUAUUUCUGCAUUCUCAGAUUUUUUGUGUCAAAUCUUUUUCUAUAAACACUGCAUUUUUUGAUGAAUAUGAUAUUUUUCAGCCUGCCUAUGGGAGUUGAUCACUUCCGUCAGGAUGAUAAGAUUGAGCUGAAGGCUGAGGACAGAUAUUUGUUAAAAAGUAUGUCACGUACUUGAUAGCCUGCAAAUAUAUUUCGUAAUAAAAAAAUAAGAAUAGA